CGCUGCCAUGGCGGGAAACAACACUCCGAUCUUCAACGAUCUUCUCUGUUUCUUCAGCGGGAAGUUACGUGUUGUCUCGCGUCACGCCUUGACCGAUGCCAUCGCUCGGUUUUACAGCAGCGACGAAGUGAAGUUGGCCUACGACAUUUUGCAGGACUGCCUGAGCAGGGGCAGCGGCCAGGGCAGCGCAGACGGCAGAGGCGGCGACGGCAUCAACUGUGACUCUAAAUCAGAUGUGGUCGGCCGCAUGCACGACAUUCUCUCGAGGAUUCCGGCCAGCGACAUGCCGUUCUUCGUGUGUCGGGACGUGAACAACAUCCCCUUCUGCAGCAGCGACGACGGAGGCCGCGCUUUGCCGGACGUGGGACGCCUCAGCCUCCACGCCUCGUCGUCCUCGCUCGGCGUCGGCUCCGAGGACCAGCGAAGGGCUCACGAGGGGCCGCCGGGCGUGCAGGCAGCCCCUGGUUGCUCGAGGGAUGUCGUCGAACAGAUUUUCUCAGAGGUGGACGUCAACUCCUCCCUCAUGAUGGAGGCGAAGGCCAGGCUCAGGAGCUACCAGGAGAACUCUCCGAGGGCGCCGCCGAAGGUGACCGAUCGUGACCUCGGGGCGCUAGAGGCCCUGCAGCAGGAGCUCGCCGCGACCUACGCCUCCUACACGAAGGUCGACCUUGCGUCCGGUAUGAUAUCCCAGGACACCUGCCACGUUGACAAGAUAUACUUUCCAAUCAACAUGGAGCAAGAGGACCCGGCCUCAAAGCGAAGGGAAAGUCGCGAAUCCUUUCUGAAAUCCACGCUGAAUGGGGCCUUGCCGGGCGUCGUCAUCGUCAGCGGGGAGAGCGGAAGCGGCAAGACGGUGCUCUACAAGAAGCUCAUCGCCGACUGGGUCUCCCGGGGCUCGCGUGGAAGCGGCGUGGCUGACUUCGACCUGGUCUUCAAGGCCGAGUGUCAUGAGACAACCAGGUCUUUCGGCCAGUUGCUCCGCCAGCUUUUGCCCAGCACCGUGAGUGCCCAAAAACAUGACGAUGCCCAAUUCAAACAAUACAUUCUUAGCCAUAAAAUCUUGUUCCUUGUUGAUGGCUUCGAGGAACUGAAUGAGAGCUCAGCUGCCCUGCUGGAGGAGAUCCUCCCUCUUGCAUCCCGCAACGUCCGCAUCGUAUGCGCGACGCGGCCCUUCCGUCUCAACAGGAUGCGGAGGAAGGCGGCGGACGCUGGCCUGUCCUUCAUGGUGCUCAGGAUGACGGGCGUGGCGCCCGCGGCCCGAACGGACUUCGUGGUGAAGUAUCUGGAGAACCUGGUGAGUCCGCACAGGAACAAGGAGACCAGGGAAUGGCUUUACGCCUACUUCAGAAACGUUGGCAACUGGUGCAAAAAGAACUUCACUUCGCCCUUCAACUUGGCGGUGCUCAUUCUGCUCAGCGUCUACAAUCCUGCGAUGAUGAGCCACCUCAGGACGGGCACGGCCUUCUUCGCCCAGCUGGAGAAGUUCAGAAUUCUCAGACUCGUCAACCAUCUAACCAGCCGCCCGGAAUACGCAAACUUAUCCUCGGAGGAGCUGAGGUUUCUUUGUUCGGGAUUCGUCAAGCUGCUCAACGACCUCGCUUUCGAGAGCCUGCAACUUGGGAAGACGACCUUGGCGCCCAGUGCGAUGAACAGGCUCGCUGAGAAAUGCAGGAAGCUCGGCUUGCCGGCGGAAGCGAUGUUCUCGGCGUUUUUGAAGUGCCAGCUUUCGGCAGGGAAUCGCAGCUACUCCUUCGGGGAAAAAAGCAUUCAGGAGUUCAGAGCCGCUUGCCAUUUGUGCUACCUCGCCACGUACCAGCCGGUGCUUGGCUCCGAUUCGAGCCAGACCUCUGCAGGGUCUCCCUUCCACGACGUGGUCUUCUUCACGGCAGGUCUGCUGGCAGAGAAGCUGUCUCAUGCACUUGCUGAGAACACGGAGUUUAUAAUCCAGCAAGCUGUGGGGGCGGGCAUAAAAGAUACCAGCGAGUGGCUGGACCUCUUGCAGGAGGCCCUGUGUCACGAAGUGUUGGCAGAGGCCGUCGGCCGCUCGGUGCUGAGGAAGGACAGGUGGGACGUCAAGGAGGUCCAUCUGCCGGCGCUGAGGACCCUCCUUCUCGUGGCCUCCCCAAAGAGCCUACACGUCACCGUGAACAGCCUGGAAAAGCCUCCAGAAGAAAUGCCUGUUCUUUGCGAAGUCCUGAGAAGAGUUGCUGGCCAGCCAGUCUCGAUUUCCCUCAGCCUGAAUUACUACUUCGUGAUGGGCAGGAGCAGAAACGCGGACAACCUCCUGCGCCUUCUUCUGCAGGGCUCUGCUGUCGUCAGGGGAUUCGUUGGCUACUUAUCCAGCAGUGUGAUUUCGCUUUUACCAAGCACGCUGCAUACCCUCGCGCUGCAGGUCGACCGCCGCGAGCUAGAAACCCUGGCCAGCGUCCUCCCGAAAAUGAAGCACCUCGAGAAGCUAGAGAUUUUCCUGCGCGUGGACAGCAGCACAGAGAAACUGCCUUCCCUGGACUUCCACCAGCGGGAGUUGAUCGUCGAUUUCUGCAAGAUCCGUGACGACAGCGUGGCGUGGGUGACGAGGGCCCUGUCGAGUCUCUCGCGACGCCCCCUCGCCAGGGUCAAGCUCUUCCACAGCUCCCUGACGGCGCGGGGGGCACUCUCUCUGCUCGCAGCUCUGCGGGCGGCCAAGGUAUCCUUCGCCACCGGAGGCCUCCUGGAGGUGCGGUCCUGCCACGCCCCUUCCGAGGACGAGCGGCGGCAGCUCAGAGGGCUUCCUGUCACCUUUCGCAUUCAGUGAUUCCAGUCAUGCCACUGUAUGUGUUAGGGAAGAAGACUGCACACACACACACACACACACAUUAUUGUGUGUGUGUGUGUAUAUCUAUCUAUCUAUCUAUCUAUCUAUCU